AUGAUGGCAGGGAUUAUAGAUUUGUGUCCUUUUAUAAAGACUAAUCGAGGAUACGCUUCAAAAUUUAAUAACCUAAUCUAACCACUAUCAUAGAUAUUUAAGGAUGGUAUUUAGAUAUGCUUUUUGAAAAUUUAUAAUAGGAUUGUUAUUUAGAUUCUUUUCGAUUCUUCUUAUUCAAUAAAAUAUUUUAGAAUCUCUUUUGUUUUUUCAAUUUCUUAAAUUCUAUUAAUAAAUCUGUAAGAUCUUUACAGAUCUAGUAUUUGGAUAAUAUAUUUACAUUUAUUCUCUCUAGCAUUAAAUAAUAAUAACAUUUUUAAAUGUUUGUUCCCAAGUUCUUAUGUAAAUGAAAUCAAGUGUGGAGUUCUUCAAUGGAAAAAAGAAAAUGAAAUAAACAUGAUGAAAAUUGUGAAAAGUAUGGCUUUUUGGAAUGGAAAAGUUCUUAAAGAUGUUGGUGGAUACUUCCUUGAUGGAUAAAAAUAGGGAUUUUGGAGGGAAAUAAUUCAUAAUUAUUGGAGGUAAAUUCUAAUAUAAAAUAUUAAAAUAGUUAAGCUGAAGUAUAUGUAAUUGGAGAAUACUAUAAAAACAAUAAAGUUGGGGUAUGGAAAUACAUAUUUCAUAAUAACAUAAUGUUUAUAUUUAUUAAUUAUUUAGUGGCCUUGGAUAAUAUAAUUAUUAAGGUUAAAGAAUUGCAAAGUGGAUAGAGUUGAGUGAUAGAUUUUCGAAGUAAUGAUAACGAUUAAUAUUUUAGUCGAAGUUAAAUUACAUAUAUUGGUGAAUAUUAAAAUGGUUAGAAGAUUGGUUUAUGGGAAAUUUGGUAUAAAGAUUAUGAAACCAAAAGAAAUAAAUAAAUGUAAGAAUUAAUCUAUUCUAUGUUAUAGUGGUGGUGGAUUAUAUGAUAAGAUAAAUUCAAUUAAGAUUGGUAGGUGGAUUGAAAACUGUAAUAAUUUUAGGGAUUGUUCAUAAGUUAUUUAUCAAGGUCAAUACAAAAAUGGUAAAAAGGUUGGUAGAUGGGAUAUUUUAUAUAGAAAUUAAUAGAGUGAAGCAUUUUAAUAGAUGUAAAAUUAUAUUAAUUAAAUAAUAGCAUUUACUUUUUUGGAUAAUUAUAUAUUGAUCUAUAAAUGGAAUCUUAAAUCUAUCAAUUUGAUCAAAAACUUUGA